GCUCUGCAGUAGCCAUCGGAGGAGCUCUCUUUUCGCUCUCUCUCUCUUCGUUCGGCCAUAUUUCACUCUCUCCUGAGCGCGAUCCGAUUCCUGCUCCGCUGCCUCAAUUUUCGAACCCUAAUGUUUCGUUAGAACAAUUUUGACCCAUCAAUCCCCAUUCCCCACUCUCCUCUCCAUUCGCUCCACCACAAUUUUCUCUCUGGGUAUUGUUUUUCUUUUUGUUCGUGCUUGCCUUUGAUGGUUGCCGCCUCGUAGAGUGGAAUUUGUAAAAUCUGAUUUCGUCACCGUCAUGAGUGCUGGAGGUGGGAAUCGCUUAAUCUCCGUGCAACCGGAUGAGCUCAAGUUCCAGAUUGAGUUGGACAAGCAGAGCUUUUGUGAUCUUAAAGUUGCAAACAACACAGAACAUCAUGUUGCCUUUAAGGUCAAAACGACCUCACCCAAGAAGUACUUUGUGCGUCCCAACACUGGUGUUGUACAGCCUUGGGAUUCUUGCAUCAUAAGAGUGACCCUCCAAGCGCAGCGCGAGUAUCCUCCAGAUAUGCAUUGCAAAGAUAAGUUUCUCUUACAAAGUACAAUAGUCCCUCCAAAUACUGAUGUAGAUGAGCUUCCGGCUGAUGCUUUCAACAAGGAAAGUGGAAGGGCAAUUGAGGAAUGCAAGCUUAAGGUUAUCUAUUUUUCUCCUUCAUCAGCUUUAGGGAACUCAGAAGAUGAAAGGAACUCAUCCCAAAGCUCCUCUGCUUUACAACGUCUGAAGGAAGAAAGAGACAUGGCUAUUAGGCAAACACAUCAAUUACAACAGGAACUGGACAUGCUGAAGAGACGAAAAUAUCGAAAAAGCGAUCCUGGCUUCUCAUUUACUUUCGCCAUCUUCGUGGGCAUUGUCGGUAUCAUGGCGGGUUUCCUCUUGAAUCUCUCAUUAUCCUCACCAUCUACAGAAUGACUUGGACCAUGAUUCAGCUCUCCUGAGCAGACAAUUUUUCUGGUCAAUUUCAUUGUAUAAUUUUUUCUACUUCCCAAUUUUUGUACAUUAAGAAACGUUGCAAAAAUUUGUGGUGUUGAAUGUUGAUGAUACGUUAAUUUUUCAAAAAUGUUGAUUUUUGUGCCAAUUGAAGCUAUGAAUGUUGCUGGAGCUCUUCUGAAUCCCCCAUUCAAAACUGAGGUUCAGAGAGGCCAAGUUUUAGUUCAUAUUUUUUAUAAACUGAAUUUUCUGAUGUGUUUCGAUGUAA